AUGGCUGAUGCAAUUGUUUCUGGUGUCUUGGGACAACUGAGUUCAAUCAUUGGUGAUGAAAUAAAGCAGGAGGUGAAGCUAAUUGUUGGUGUCGACAAAGAAGUCAAAAAGCUGAGGAGCAAUCUUGAAGCUAUUGAAGCUGUGCUCAUUGAUGCGGAGGAAAGACAAGUCAAGGAGAAAACUGUAAGACUUUGGUUAGAUCGGCUCAAACACGCAUCCUACGACAUUGAAGAUGUGUUGGAUGAGUGGAACUAUGCAAUGUUGAAACAGCAAAUUGAGGAAGUUGAAUAUGCUGAUGUUCCUAAGAAGAAGGUGCGUUUCUUCUUUCCCUCCUCUUGCUUUUCAUUCAAACAAGUUAGUUUACCUCAAGUUAUUUUACGUCAUGACAUUGCAAUGAAGAUAAAAGAAGUAACUGAAAAUCUAGAUGUCAUUGCGAAACAAAAAGAUAUGUAUACUUUUAACAAAAUUAGAAGUGUUGAAAAGUUUGAACGAGUACAAAGUACCUCAUUUAUUGAUGUGUCUGAGAUAUGUGGUCGAGUCGAUGACAAGAGUAUUUUAGUACGUAAGUUGUGUGAAAGUAGUGAACAACACCUUCCUAUCAUCUCUAUUAUAGGGAUGGGAGGAAUUGGUAAAACAACUCUGGCUCAAUUUGUUUAUAACGAUAAUAAGGUAGUAAAUAGUUUUGACUAUAGGAUGUGGGUAUGUGUAUCUGAGCCUUUCGAUGAGUAUAGGAUUGCUAAAGCAAUCAUUAAGGAUUUAGAGGAUUCUACUCCAGAUUUAAGAGAAUUAAAUUCACUUCUUGGACAUAUUAAUAGAUUUAUUAAGGAAAAAAAAUUUCUUUUGGUCUUAGAUGAUGUGUGGAAUGAGGAUUACAAAAAAUGGAACCAUUGUAUCAUUGCUUGA